CCAGGGCCGGGUUGGGCCGGCGGGAUCGCAAAUGAAGUGCGAGAACUGCACCAAAAAGGAAUGCAGUAAAAAACAGAAAAACGAUGAUGCGCAAAGUACAUCUGUCGAUGCAUCGAGUUCAAAUGAUGGUUUUGAAGAGAAAAAUGAGUUUCAUACAUUGGCUAAUGCUAAAAUACUCCUUAGCGACUGCCUAGCUUGUGACAAUUGUAUGACAUCAGAAGAAGGAGCCAGAGUUUUCCAGCAGAAUCAGAAGGAGCUCUUUCGUAUUCUUAACCUUAAUAAGAAAUGUGAUACCUCAAAACACAAAGUGUUGGCAGUGUCUAUAUGCCCUCAGUCAUUGCCUUAUUUUGCUGCUAAAUUCAAUCUCUCUGUGAAUGAUGCAGCCAAGAGACUCUGUGGUUUCCUCAAAAGUCUGGGGGUGCAUUAUGUAUUUGACACCACUAUAGCUGCUGAUUUCAGUAUCCUGGAGAGCCAGAGGGAAUUUGUGCAGCGGUAUCAACGGAGGAACCAGGAGGAGCAUGCCUUACCGAUGUUUGCCUCUGCUUGCCCUGGUUGGAUCCGGUAUGCUGAAAGGGUACUUACCAAUCUUGUGACCUCUCACAUUUGCACUGCAAAGUCUCCACAGCAGAUCAUGGGCUCCCUGGUGAAGGGCUACUUUGCCAGGCAGCACAACUUGUCUCCUGAUAAAAUUUUCCAUGUAAUUGUGGCGCCUUGUUACGACAAAAAACUGGAAGCCUUGCGGGAAGAUUUCUACACUGCCUUGUAUAAUUCGCAAGAAGUUGAUUGUGUUCUGACAUCAGGUGAAAUUGUCCAAAUAAUGGAACAGAAAAAUGUGUCUAUGAAAGAUGUGACCGAAGUAGCUGUAGAUAGUUUGUUUGAUGACAUAAAGGAGGGAGAUGUAGUAAGGCAUGAUGGGAAGAGAUCCGAUGGUUACCUGGAGCAUAUUUUUAAACAUGCUGCAAAGGAGCUUUUUGACAUGGAUGUCAAAGAAAUCACCUACAAAGCAUUAAAGAACAAGGACUUUCAAGAAGUUACCCUUGAAAAGGAUGGUGAGACAGUGCUGCGUUUUGCAGCAGCUUAUGGCUUUAGAAAUAUCCAAAACAUGGUUCUGAAGUUGAAAAAAGGAAAGUUUUUAUACCAUUUUGUAGAAGUCCUUGCGUGUCCAGGAGGGUGCCUAAAUGGAAAAGGUCAGGCACAAACUGAAGAUGGAAAACCAGAUAAAGCACUGCUUAACCAGAUGGAAGAAGUGUAUGCUGCAAUACCUGUUAGACUUCCCGAAACCAACAUGCACGUACAAAAGAUGUAUCAGGAAUGGUUGGAAGGCAUGGACUCUAAGAAGGUCCAGGAAACUUUGCACACCAAAUACAGUGCAGUAAAUCAAACAGCAAGCAAUCUGGAUAUCAAAUGGUAAAUCAAACUUACAAAAGAUUUGCUUAGGUUAGUUACAGAUUCAGCACUGGAAACAUUCUAUGCAAUCGCAGAUGCUAUGCACUAGCCGAGCGUAUGAAUGAGAUGCUUCCUAAUUGUGGAUUAUUAUUUGUGAAGAACCAUUGCUUUUUAAAAACAGAAGGAGAAGUCUCCGAAAGCCCUGGUUCCUGCCAUUGUCGUUUAACUUUUACUGUGUGUAAUCUCCUGCGUAUAAUGGAUUUCUUUAUUCAAAAACGUGAUCUUGCAAGGUACAUAAGCACUUUCUGCCAGGGGCAGGGAGUGUAAUUCCCGAUGAAGUUACUCGCUGAAGUGAAGGGUUCCCCUCACUUCACAAAAUGGGCUCCCCCAAGAAGGCAAGAUUAUUUUACUCCUACUCCUGGGUAUGCAAUCCCUUCCAUCAUGGGAAAACAGUCAUCAUGAAAUUCAGUAUUGUUGCAGUUGUUGUGAAGUAACUUGGGAUUUACUUGCCUUGUUAACAAAAAAAACCUUUACAGGGACAAGUGUAUGUAUGGAGAAGGGUAAUGAAUUCAUGUAUGCCUUCUAUCCAGAUUUUAACAGAAAUAAUUCAGUUCCAAACUAGAGUCACCAUUCCUUACUGAUGUUAUAUUUUGUAAGGAACAGGAUGCUUCAUAUAAACUAAACUUGGGAAACUAAUGCUAAAUGGUUAUAAUGCAAUCCUUCAUUAAAAAUAGUUCCACUUAGGUUGGUUGGUAUAAAAAGAACUUUUCUUUCCUGGUAAGUUUUCUUAGAAACUUGCAGCUAGGAAGGGCAGUGCUGCUUACUUGGUCUGGCUUCUUUAUGAGAGUGAAACACGCAUACGCACUGUCAGGUGAGCACGUGCAUACUACAACUUUGCUAGAUUUGCUGAGCCAGACUUAGAGCACUUUUAUUCUCUUGCGUUUCGGUACACAGGAUACCAGAUUGUUCUUUCAUUUAUCUCCAUGUUGACAAGACUUCUGUAAAAGUAACUUCAUGGAGUGCCUCUGAAAAAGAUAUUUAGCGAUGCUUGUGAGCUCAUCAAAGUUACUAUACAUUGGCGUUAUGAAUUUUGGUGCACUACUUAUUUUUUUUAAGUAUACUAUAGGGGUUUCAUUGAACAGACAAAGUGGUAUUUGCACGCAAGCUUUUCUGCAACUUCAUGAGUUGUCAGAGGGUUAUUCAAGAAUGUGAUGGACAAAAAAAAAAAUCUUAACUACUGCCAAACUUUUUCAGAUUUUCCUAGUAGCAUCAAAUCUGUUCACGAUUAGUGGCUGUUUGAAGCUAGCAAAGUUUCAGCUUUCCUUUUCCAGUCUGAAAGCAUGGAUGGGCUUUUUUUAAUCAUUUCAGGCAGUGUUUGAAUGAAUCUUCUUGUAAAUUUCUUAAUAUUACAACCGCUUGUAUGAGUAAGGUCUAAUACUGCAAAAGCCUGUGUGUAUUUGAAAUCCGCAUUUAACUUGAACACAGUGGAUGGGAUAAAGGCAUCAGUGAAGACAGUGCAAGUUCUUGCAUUGGCUAAACAACAGAGGCUUAAAAGGAGAGAGACAAACUUAAGUAUGUUACCCUGAUGAUAAGAGAUAGUUCUCUUAAUGUGAAGCUGUUGCAGCUUUCAGUUGGACCUCCACCU